UUUGUUUACAUUCGGUUCACAGAUUGUUCCUUGACUAGUUUUAAUGAAAUAGUUUUCUGCAGGAUAUAUAUAGAUAUCCACCAUCAUGAACAAUAGGCGUGGCUGUUCAGCAUCAAAACAAAAAUAUGUGCUAUGUAAGAUGCCACCAGACUGGGCCACCCUGAAUGUGCGUCUUGGUCUUCAGCCUCCUCCGCCACGUGACAGUAUUGCAGUUUACACAAGGAAUGGACAAGACCUCAUUUAUGAAGGCUACAUUUGUCCAAAUGCUCCCAUAAAUCUGUCCAUGUCCGAGUUGCAGCCACCGCUAAAGCAGCCAAGACCGCUGAGCUACAGCCAGAAGUACGCCAUACUGCUGGAGAAGAUCAGAGCUGAGGAGGCCGAGGCAAAAGCCGAAGCUCAGGCAAGAAACAUCUCAGAGGAUCAAAGGAAGAUAGAGGCAGUUUCUGCAGCGAGCAGCAAACCAGAGCAGGAUGCUGUAAAAGCCGAGCCGAGCAGCACCACACAAUGGCAUGAAGAUACAGCUGAUGAAUCAAAACAGCAGAUAAAAGCAGCGGCUGCAUUAACCAGUGAAAGUGACUUCAUGACUGAUUAUCCAUUUCCUUAUGAAAUCCUUGACAGGGGAGAGAGUUUCCUCCCUGAACUCGGAGAGACAGAAGACUUAGCGUAUUAUUUUAUACCUUGGGAGACCUCAAAUGACAUAGACAUCUGGAACUAUUUGCUGUCUCAAUAGUUCAGACCUGCCGACAUGUGCCACACCCCUGAGCAUAAUUAACUCUCUCCUGACAUGUAUGUGGACCUGGCUUUGUGGAAAGACAGUUAAAUAAUUUGUGAAUAAAUAUUUUGAGCAAAGAGUAAAA